AUGCUGACCUUUUUGUUGAGACCUAUGAGCAUCCUGUACCUGUCUUCAGGGUUAUUGGUAACAGCUCAGUUUGGAGGAGACUUCUCACCCAGGAUGAAUCAAGUUUCCCUGACUCCCUCCCACAUAAUAAAUCGCAAUGUGGGUCUGAAAGUUGAAGGCUCAAGCUUCACACUAGAUGGCUUUCCUUUCCUGAUCAUAGCAGGUACUAUUCACUAUUUCCGGGUGCCCAGGGAGUAUUGGAGGGACCGCUUGCUGAAGCUGAAGGCCUGUGGCUUCAACACUGUGACCACGCAUAUUCCCUGGAACCUUCACGAGCCAAGAAAAGGCUGGUUUUAUCUUACUGCAAACCUGGAUUUCAUGACUUUUAUAGCCAUGGCUUCGGAGGCGGAGCUGUGGGUAAUUCUAUGUCCAGGCCCUUAUAUCGGUAGCGACUUAGACCUUGGAGGCUUACCCAGCUGGUUACUCCGGGAUCCAAAAAUGAAGCUGCGAACAACUUACAGGGGCUUCACUAAAGCAGUGAAUCACUAUUUUGAUAAGAUAAUUCCCAUGGUAGUACAACUCCAGUAUGGAAAGGGAGGCCCCAUCAUUGCUGUGCAGGUUGAGAAUGAAUAUGGUUCAUAUCAUCGGGAUAAUCGUUACAUGUCGUAUAUUAAAAAGGCUCUGAUCACAAGAGGAAUCAAGGUGCUGCUUAUGACCGCUGAUAAUGGAGAUGAACUGACAAGAGGCCACUUAAAACAGGUACUUUCCACUGUCCACAUGAAAAAUAUAAAGAAAGAAACUUAUGAUACACUCUUAUCAAUUCAGGGUCGUAGCCCUAUAUUGAUGACGGUGUAUACAGCAAGUUCUUUGGAUGGGUGGGGUACUGCCCCCCAUUCUGUGGAUUCACAUUUGUUAAUGAGAGAUGUGCAUGAAAUGUUCAAUGCUAGUUUCUCCCUCAACUUCUAUAUGUUCCAUGGUGGCACCAACUUUGGCUUUAUGGGUGGAUCUGCAUCUUUGGACCAGUACCUCCCUAUGGUCACAAGCUAUGACUAUGGGGCACUGCUGACAGAGAACGGAGAACGUACAACUGAGUACCUUGCAUAUCAAGAGUUCUUUAGCUCUUCUUUGGGGAUUCACAAGCCUCCCAACCAAGAUUCAAUACCUAUGGCUGUAUAUAAGUCAGUGAUAACAGAAUACUACAUGUCACUGUGGGAUGUCAUGCCCUACUUGGAGGAGCCCAUCAGCUCUGUCAAGCCGAUCUGCAUGGAGGAGCUAUCUGUGAACCAGGGGAAUGGUCAGUCUUAUGGGUACAUACUUUAUGAGACUGUGAUCACCACCAGUGGCCUCCUUACCACAAAGAAUCAUGUUCAAGACCGAGGUCAGGUGUUUUUGGAUGAGAACUUUUUAGGCAUCUUCGAUCGUUCCACUGAUCAGCUGACUAUUCCCAGGAAAAUGGUCUACAACGAUAACCCAACACUGAGGAUCCUGGUGGAGAAUCAAGGCCGCCUUGCCUAUGGUCAGGACAUCAAUAAGGAGAGAAAAGGUUUAAUUGGGGAUAUCUACCUGAACAAAUCUCCUUUAAGAAAUUUUAAAAUCCAUAGCCUGGAUAUGAAAACUAAAUUUAUACAAAGGGACCUUCCUAACAUCUGGAAACCAGCUGUAUUCAAACAUCGGGGCCCUGCCUUCUUCCUCGGUAUCCUGAGAAUAGGUAAUGACCCCAGAGACACCUUCAUAAAAAUGGAGGGCUGGACAAAAGGUGUAAUAUUCAUCAAUGGAAAGAAUCUGGGACGCUACUGGAAUAUAGGUCCCCAGGAGACCUUUUACCUUCCAGGACCCUGGCUUCGUCCUGGAUCAAAUGAGAUCAUUGUGUUUGAGGAGUUUAAACCUGGCCUGGAGAUCCACUUCACAAACAUAUCUCGUCUAGGUAUGAUAUUCAAGAGGCCCAUCAGCUCUGUCAAGCCGAUCUGCAUGGAGGAGCUAUCUGUGAACCAGGGGAAUGGUCAGUCUUAUGGGUACAUACUUUAUGAGACUGUGAUCACCACCAGUGGCCUCCUUACCACAAAGAAUCAUGUUCAAGACCGAGGUCAGGUGUUUUUGGAUGAGAACUUUUUAGGCAUCUUCGAUCGUUCCACUGAUCAGCUGACUAUUCCCAGGAAAAUGGUCUACAACGAUAACCCAACACUGAGGAUCCUGGUGGAGAAUCAAGGCCGCCUUGCCUAUGGUCAGGACAUCAAUAAGGAGAGAAAAGGUAGGCCUCCUUCCUUCCAAGGGUGA